CGCCGCCCCCCCUCCCCUCCCCGGGGCCCUGUGCCGCCAUGAAGCCGCCGCUGCGUCCCCGCUUGGCCCCGGCGCGGUUCGUGACGGGCCCGGGGGCGGCGGCGGGGCCCGAACGGCCGCGGGCGGCCUGGUCGGGCCGGGAGAAACGGGCGCUGCUGGCGGCGCUGCGGGCUCAGGCCGCCCGCGGCCUCCCCACGGACCUGCAGCCGCGGGCGCUGCGGGAGCGGCUGCCCCGGCGGAGCGAGGCCGAGAUCCUGUCGUUCCUGUGCCGGCUGCGGGGCCGGGCAGCGCGGGAGGCCGUGCGCACCCAGUACCGGCACUGCCUGGAGCAGCAACGCCGCCGGCGCGCCCAGGUCCCGGCGCCCAUCGAGGUGUGGCUGGAGCUGGCGGAGACGCUGGCAGAGGGGCUGGAGGAAGUGACAGCAGCCGCCUUCUCCCAGGUUCUCACUGUCGCAGCCACGGAGCCGCUGACCCUGCGCCACUCCCUCCCCCCACUCCCCGACAGCACUGCGGUGCCGCCGGAUCGGGGGGGGUCGGCACCGGGGGACCCCGCCACCCCCCCCCCACAGCCCCCUGCCCCCGAGGGCUUCACUGUCAACUUCCAGAGGGUCUACGAAUACCUGGCGCGGCUCUGCCUGCGCAGCAAGGUCCCCCCGCUCCCCCCUGGCGAGUCGGCGGUGGUGCUGGCGCUGCUGGGCUCCCUCCCCCAGGAACUCGGCGCCCUGGACCGCGUCGCCCUCCACAGCCACCUCCGGGGGUCCUACAGCGCCCUGACAGCCCCCCGCCCCACCGGGACAGACCCCGCCGCCCCCCCGACCCCUGCGACACUCACCCCCGGCUGGGGGGGGGUCGGCCUCUGCCCCCUCAACCUCUUCCUGGUGCCUCUGCGGCUCCUGGCCCGGGUGGGACCCUCGGGGUGAGGCGCAACGCCCCUUCCCCGAGGAAUAAAGGUGGAAAUUUGCCCAAAA